GCUUGUAAGACAAUUUGGAGUUGAUAAGGACCUAUUUAGACCGCAUGGAGAUAAUGAGGAUAUUCUUGGUCCAGAAUUACCAUACCCAAGUGCAAUUGGAGCACUAUUGUAUCUUGUAAGUCACACUAGACCUGAUAUAUCCUUUGCUGUAAAUUUAUUGGAAAGAUCUAGUUCUUCUCCAACGCGAAGACAUUGGAAUGUGGUCAAACAUAUACUUCGCUACCUUCAAGAUGCAGGUUUUUUGUCUGAUCCCCAUAAAGGGAGAUCACAGACCGGAUAUGUGUUUACAUGUGGAGGAACAACAGUUUCGUGGCGUUUCAUGAAACAAAUGAUUGCGGCAACAUCAUCUAAUCAUGCAAAGCUAUUAGCCAUUCAUGAAGCUAGUCGAGAAUGUGUAUACUUAAGAAGUGUAAUUCAGCAUAUUAGAUGGUCAUGUG